AUGUGCACAUACGAACAACGAAACCCGGGUAAGAACAUUAAAGAUGCAAAUUACAGAAUGGUCUCUGUCCAUACCGAAAAGAAGCCUGAAAAGGGCGAAACCCUCAAGGAAGAGCAUGUCGGGGUUUGGGCGCCUUGCGAUGGUGAGGGAGAUCCCAAAGAUCAGGGCGGUUGCAACACCGUAACCCAGAAAGCCAACAUCAAUGUCAUUCCAGACCACACCCCAGCUGCUCCAUAUAAUCACGAUGAUUACACAGUUGCGGAAUAA